CCCGGAGUGGAGUCCGUCGGUCUCCGGAUUCAGGAAGAGGAAGAGGAGAGAAAAAAGCCAUCAAUAGGAAUAUGGGGAAUAAGCCAGCCAACAGUCCUAAGGGUCAGCCGCCAGACGCCGAUGGACAUUCCUCAGUGUCAGACCUGGCCAACUCGCUCACUGGAGACAUGGUGAUGUUGUCUCCGGGGUCAGAGGAUGAUGACCAUGAAGGUCCAGUGAGUGAGAAACUGGGCAGGAUUCAGUUUUCUUUGGGCUACAGUUUCCAAGACACGACUCUGACGGUGAAGAUACUCAAAGGUCAAGAUCUGCCUGCUAAAGACUUCUCUGGGACCUCCGACCCUUUCGUCAAAAUCUACCUACUGCCUGACAGAAAGCACAAACUCGAGACCAAAGUCAAGAGAAAAAAUCUCAACCCGCACUGGAACGAAACCUUCCUGUUUGAAGGGUUCCCAUAUGAGAAGGUGCGGGAGCGAACGCUGUACCUCCAGGUGCUGGAUUAUGAUCGGUUCAGCCGUAACGACCCAAUCGGAGAGGUUUCCAUUCCUCUGAAUAAAGUGGAGCUUGGACAGCUGAAGUCCUUCUGGAAGGAUCUCAAACCCUGCAGUGACGGCAGCGGAAGUCGUGGUGAUCUGCUGGUGUCUCUUUGUUAUAACCCCACUGCCAACACCAUCACUGUUAACAUCAUAAAAGCUCGCAACCUCAAAGCCAUGGACAUUGGGGGCACCUCAGAUCCCUAUGUAAAAGUAUGGCUAAUGCACAAAGACAAGCGAGUGGAAAAGAAGAAGACAGUGACCAUCAAACGCUGCCUGAACCCCGUUUUUAAUGAAUCCUUCCCCUUUGACGUGCCCGCACAUGUUCUCCGAGAGACCACCAUCAUCAUCACCGUCAUGGAUAAAGAUCGUCUGAGCCGCAAUGAUGUCAUUGGAAAGAUUUACCUGUCAUGGAAGAGUGGUCCUGGUGAGGUCAAACAUUGGAAGGACAUGUUGAGCCGGCCACGUACAAAUGUGGCACAGUGGCACGCUCUCAAAGCCUGAUUCACCCUCUUAUUUUCCCAUUUCCCCCUCCGACCCCAUUUGACCCGAUACCCCGUCCUUAUGCACAAGACUAACUUGCUGCCAGGCGGCACAACACGGGUACUUUUAGCCAUCCACUCUUGUAACCUUUAAGCUUCUGAAUCUCUCCUUCACUUUCAUCUCUUUUUAACCUGGUAACAUGUAGUGCAAAUGUAAUGGAGGUCAAAAAGUAAGUAGGGGUUACAUUGGUGCCGUGACCCAGAUUGGAGUGAAGUUUACGGUGAGCGUAACGAAGACCAGCUAGCAGGAGAUGUGCAAGUAAACCUCACUCCCAUUACCUAAAGAGGUGCUGCAAUAGUGACUGACAAUAGAUCAAUGUCAUUCUGAAGACACCAGUUUGAACCCUGAUUAGAGCACUGCUGGUAGAACCAUGUGGGUCAGAUAGUUAGAGAUGUUCAAGUAAACCUCACUGCCCUCACCUGAGGGGGUACACUAGGGACUGACGUCAGAAGAUGCAGUCUUUAGCGUCCUUGUUAGUGCACCUGCCUCCCAUGCCUGAGACAUCUGUACAAAUCCUAAUUUGAGAGAUGCUAGUAGAACUUGAGGGGCUACACUGGUGCCGUGAUUCAGAUAGCAGUAUGGUUUACAAGGUUGUGUUUAGAGGCCAGAAAGUUGGAAAUGUAAACCUCACUGCCCUCACAUGAAGAGGUAAACUAGGGACUGAUGUCAGAGGAUCCAGUCUUUAGCUUCCUUGUUAUUGAAUCUGUCUCCCAUACCAGAGACACCCAUUAGAAUCCUAAUCCAAGUGGUGCUAGUAGAACCGCAGGGGUUACAUUGUUCCCAUGAUCCAGUUGGGAGUGAGGAUUAAUGUGCAAAUGUUAAAUUUUGCUAGUCAAGGAUUUGCAAGUAAACCUUAAUCCACUAGCCUCAAAUGCAUGAUGCUGCAGUCCUUAGUGCCCUUGUUAGUUCACCUGCGUCCCAUGCAAGAGACUACCAUUCAAAUUCUAAGCUAGUAGAACCAGAAGCAUUUCAUUAGUAUUGUUACCUAAUGAGAGUGAAAUUUUGAAGAUUUAGUAGGAGGUUUGUGAGUAAACAUCACUUCUGUGUUCUCAAGAGACAAACUAGCAAGUGAUCCUUGAGGCUACAGUGAUUACCUUGUUGUAAUGUCCCCACCUCAUGCUGGAAUCCUGAUCAGAGUAGGUUGAGUAGACCUGAUGGGGUUAAAUUGGUGCCAAGAUCCAGAUGGUUUAGGUAGCAAUUGUAACAAUGCAAGUAAUAAAUGAUUUACAAGUAAACCUCACUCUUCUGGCCCCAAGAGGUUCACUAGCAAUCAACACUAUAGGCUGAAGUCUAUACCAUCCAUGUUUGCAUGCCUGCCUCAUAUACUGAAGACACCGGUUUGGGUCCCACUCGGAAUGCAAGUACAGUUCAGGGGGGUUACAUAAAGGCCUGCUUAUUAAUUAACUCUAAUUCAGUUCUUUGAUAUUGUGUACAUUAGCAUUCAUUUAAGGUUUUUGGGAUAACCACUGAAACCAACAAAGCCAUUUAAUGAUGAUCUAAGAGCACUCACAUUACAACUACAUGUUACCAGUAUGUAGUUUCCUUCCUGUUUUGAUUUUUUUUUACCCACAAUUCCCCUGUGUCCUCAGGCUGGAGAGGUUUGACAUCUAUCUGUUGUGUGAAUACAUCACCUCAGCCUCGUCCCUCAUCUCACUGAACCAACCCCAUGUCUAGACCCGCCGACUCAUGGGAGCUCAUUUGGCAGCCUUUAAAUUGGCCACCGGUGAAACGGAUCAAGUCACAGGAACUCUGGGAAUUGUAUUUUCCAGGUCUCAGACAUCCCAUGCGAGUCCAUCGGUCCCGGAGGGCCGCCGUAAUUAAAGCCAUGAGGGGAAACGAGACGCCCUCUUUCCAUUAACAGUCUCUUGUUUUAUUUGGUCUCCAUUUAUAGUUGUUUUUCUCAAAAUCCCUGACCUCUCCAAGCCUUUUUCUGCGUCUUACCCACUUGACCUGAUUUUCCACACCUUUGUUCUCAUUCUAUCUAUCUUUCCUAUCUUUUUUUCUUCUCCUGAGUAAACGCACCGUUUGGUUCAGCUGAUAGCCGCAGACAUUGAAAUCUUACGCCAUCUGGAGACCUAGGGACAGCAAAUAGACUCCACCACCUCUGUCUCUUUUGCUUUUUUCUCUGUGGUUUCUCUUUAUCGCUGGCACAAUAGUAGUGAAGUCCCUCUUUUUCUUGGGAUCCCUUGUCGUCCGUGUGCUGUGAGUGACGUGUUGUAGAUCCAACCAAAAUAUUGUUAAAAAAACAUUAACCACCAAUGGCGGAGGAAAGAUAACUUCCUUGAAGGAUCGUUCCAGGUCUUCUGGGACUUUUGGGAGAUAUUCUAGAUGGAAGAAGAAGAAAAAAACACCUACACAAAAGUAAAACUUGAUGUCAUCUUUUUUUCACGAAAAGAACAUUUGAAGAAACCAAUCAGAAUUGUUCUUCCAGAUUUGCUGUGAAAUAUAGAAGCAAAAAGUUGAUUUUUCGCCACAUGCGCCGGAUAGUUCUCGCCACACUUUGCUCUAGUGAUGUGUUUUUUGUGUACGCUGAUAGGGGCUCAUCUUUUACAGAAACCCUCCUAUUAAUGGAAAAAAAACUUGCCUAUACCUGCGUAUGUGUGCGUAUGCGACUGUGUCAGGUAGAUGAGGAUGAAUCUCAAAGAAACUUGUCCGGGUCAUAUUUUAUCCCAAAGUCAAAAGAAAAAAUUUGCAUUUUGAAAGUUAAGACACAUUUUAUCCCUAAAUAAUAUAUAUUUUGUUAAGUGUACACAUUAAGGUUAUUAAUUCCUGCUACUCUAAAUUAUGAUUCUGCCAUAUGAAUAUUUAACAGUUUAAAUAAUAGGGUAAAAGUGCUUAUUUGUCAAUACAAAUAAAUGGACCUACUUACGUGCUUUGUUUACUUUGUGCAAAAAAUUCCUCGCCUUUGAUUUUGCUGUGAAAUGUG